AUGGCAGAUCCCCUCCCCCAACUGCUGUACCCGCAGCAGGGGGAGAUCCCCUCCCCCCCACUGCUGCACCCGCAGCAGGGGGAGGGAGGAGAAAAGGGCGGAGAGGAGGGGGGGGGGUGUGAGGGGCACUCACGAGGAGGUGGGAGGGGCACUCACGAGGGGGUGCGAGGGGCACUCACGAGGAGGUGGGAGGGGCACUCACAAGGAGGUGCGAGGGGCACUCACGAGGGGGUGCGAGGGGCACCUACGAGGGGGUGCAAGGGGCACUCACGAGGGGGUGCGAGGGGCACCCACGAGGGGGUGCGAGGGGCACCCACGAGGGGGUACGAGGGGCACCCACGAGGGGGUGCGAGGGGCACCCACGAGGGGGUGCGAGGGGCACCCACGAGGGGGUGCGAGGGGCACCCACGAGGGGGUGCGAGGGGCACCCACGAGGGGGUGCGAGGGGCACUCACGAGGGGGUGCGAGGGGCACUCAGGAGGGGGUGCGAGGGGCACCCACGAGGGGGUGCGAGGGGCACUCACGAGGGGGUGCGAGGGGCAGCCACGAGGGGGUGCGAGGGGCACUCAGGAGGGGGUGCGAGGGGCACGAGGGGGUGCGAGGGGCACUCACGAGGGGGUGCGAGGGGCACUCACGAGGGGGUGCAAGGGGCACUCACGAGGAGGUGCGAGGGGCACUCACGAGGGAGUGUGA